AUGUCGGCCGAACAGCAACCUCUCAGUCAGUGGGUGACACAGAUCAACGAUACUUUGUUCAUCCAACCGAACGACGAAAUCGCCAUCAAGGCUCUCCAUGAGCAAGUUGAUCCAAGCUUAGUAGUCAGCCACACCGCCAGAAUCAACCACAACGACUACAGCUACGACCAAUUCAAAACAGGCCUCCAAUACGCCCGUAGUUCCAGUACAUCGAUCCAAGAUGAGUUUUCUGUGAUACUCCAAUGGGAGAACCCGGAGAAACCAGACGGCGUGGUCGCGGUUUUUAGUAAAUGGACGUCCAAGGACAAGAAAACGGGCAAGGAGACCAAGAAGUCCAAUGUUAUUCUCUGGGAGGUCAAGUGGAUUGGUGGCAAAAGGAAGCUUACGGCCCAGACUGAGGUGGAGUCUAUGUAA